AAGCACAACACCAUCUUUUUACAGGCUGCUAUUAGAGCGGUAGCCUAAUUUCGAAUGCAUGAAAUAAGUCGGUACGUACGGUACGUUGCUCAGAUUAAGCCCAACGAACAUCUUUUGGUGAACAGCAGACCUAUCACGAACUCAUCUCCGGACUUAAGUUACAAAAAGUGAGACAGACAUGGAGAGGAAACGCAAGCUGACAUUAUAUCCAGAUAUGGCUGAACAUCUCAUGUGCACUAUCUGCUCCGACACCUUCGAUGAUCCCCGCAAUCUCGUUUGUGGGCAUGUGUUCUGCAAGAAAUGCCUGGAUAUUCUUGAUGAAAGUCAGCUAGGGUCGCCAUUGAAAACAUCUAUUUGUUGUCCCACUUGCAGUAGAAAGACCAAACUACGAGAGAGUCGAGUGAAUGGAUUUAGUCGAAACCUACCGAUCAGAAAGCUCUUACAUCAGGACUUGAGUGAAGAGCCAGGGCCUUCGGGUAAAAGACCCAAAAGAACUCCCACAUGCAAAACGCAUAACCAAGAGCGCAGAGACAUUUAUUGCAGCACCUGCCUGGUCUUCAUAUGCUUUAAGUGUUUCCAAGAAAAACACACCCAUCAUGUAACCAAGACAAGAAACGAAUUUCUGGGAGAGCUCAGUCAAAUGACUAAAGAUGCCAAACAGCGAUAUCAGGUUCAAUUAAAGACCUUGGAGAACAAUCUUCUUGAAGCUGAUCAGGGGGUAUCUAAGUUGAUUAUUCAUCAUAACAAUGCAAAGCAAUCAAUUGAAGACGAGUUUAAGGCUGAAUUAGCACAACUCAACAAAAACAUAACUUUCCGCUUGCAAUCAUUGACUAAAUCAACAAAGAAUUUGGAAUCAGAUGUUGCUCGGUUCAAAGAAAAGGGGAAACAUUUUAAACAGAGUCUGGCGAUUGCUGUUCCGAAGUUGGAAAGUAAGACUUUAGAGGAGCUAGAUGGCGAAGACCUCAAGUCCUACGUUAAAACUGUCGACACGGUGUUGAACCUUCUCAAGACUGACAUUGGUGUAGAACACUUAAAGCUCUGGAAUAAACUUUUGGUACCAUCUGCACCAUCUAGACCACAGCAUGGCUGUGUUCCAUCAACCAGUGGUGGAACCGCAGGGCAGGCUCUCCAAAAGGUUUCUCCUAAGUCGAUUAACAAGCCCCUUUAAACAAGGUAUUUGUUGGGGUACCAAUCGGCGGUGGCUAUAUAGUGACGCUACGUAACUGUUUGUAGACUAAUGAAUGAAAAGGGUUUACCCAGAGAAUACUAGUUUAUAUAAAUAAUCAGAGAAGUGAAAGGUUACUACUACUACUAAUGAUGAUCAUGAUGAUGUAAAAGGGGAACACAGUUCAAUUCUAGACAGAACAACGGUAAUGUAAUGACAUUGAUUACAAUACGUGUAUAAAAUUCUAACACUGAAGAGUUGAUUCAUAGUGAAUGCGUUAUAAUGACAGUGUUUCACUUGUAGUGCAUAGAUACAUGAACAUAAAUUAGGAAUGGUUUAUGACAUGUUAAGUUUCCACAGGACAUUGUGUUGUGUCUCAGUCAACAUGUACAUCGUAAAAUGAAAACAGUGGCAAAUAUAUUUACUUUUUCGCUUUUAGACUGCACCUAUACACCUCCGUUAAAAUAGAAAAAAGGGGAAAACUUUCAAGUACAGGCCAUUAUCUUCAAUGUAUAAUUUUUUUAUUUUUUUUUAUAAAUUUA